AUAGUGACUCUUGAGUUGAUGUAAUCUCUAGCUGCAAAGAGCGUGUCUCAGCUUGUGCGAUAUAGUAGUUUGAGGCUCCAGAGCACUGAGGAAGCAACCGAGAUGAUAAAACACACAGAAUCAACUUCUAGCAUGGAUGAGUCUGAUUUUGUUAAUGUUAGAUGGACCAAAGUGACAGUAUCAGGUCCAUCUGGAACUGGGAAAUCCUCAACUCUAAAAUUGCUCCUCGAUGAAGAAGCAGAGACAAAGCACCAUAGCACACCAGUAGUCAGAAACAUUGAAACGAAAAUCAUUUUACCAGAAGAUAGUGGCAAAAAAUGGAGGAAGAUUCCAAGCAUGGACGAAGCUCUAGAGCAAAGCAAGAAACAAGACAAUGUUCAUUUUAUAUAUGCAGUUGAUACAGGAGGGCAGGCGGCCUUUCUCGAUAUUGCUCCAGCUCUUUUACGCUAUAAUUCAGUCAACAUUGUCACUCAUAAGCUUGACGAGGCCCUUGAAGAUGAGACUGCCUUUUAUUAUAGCAUAAAUGACAAGAAAUAUGGUGAGUCUAUGAAAAGACAACUCACAAAUGAGCAAGUACUGGAAUGUUCAAUUCGAUCUUUGGCCUCGAUAAAUCCACCCAAGCCUUUUGAAGGUAUUGAAGUGCUGCAUCCAAAAGAACUUGAAGAUACAGAUGGUGAGAAUAAGCCGUGUUUCAUUGUCAUUGGGACAUUCAAGGAUAAGGUCACAGAUCCAAGGUCACUGCUAAAAUCAAAAAACGAAAAGCUCAAGAAAGUACUCUCAGGAUUCAGGAAUAAUGCCCAUAUUCUCCAAUACAAAGAUGAUGCCCUAAUUUUUCCAGUUAAUACCCUUGGUCGAAGCUCCCAAGAACAAGAAAUAGCCGAUGAUAUUCGACGUAAAAUCUGUGAAUCAUACAUGGAAGCAAGGAUACCCAGAAAGUGGUUUCUAUUUCAGUUAAAGCUUAACGAGGAAAGCAAAAUGAAGGGAGGCAUAUUGAAAAAAUCAGUAUGUGAUGAGAUUGGAGCUAAGCUUUCUCUGACUCCACGUGAUGUCAAUUCAGCCUUAAAGUUUUUUCAUCACCUUACUGCCCUUCUUUAUUUUCCUGAUAUCAUCAGUGAUACCGUAUUUCUCGAUUCUCAGCCUCUUUUUGAAAAGCUCUCCAAGUUGAUUGCUAUUUCCUUUGCUGAUGGUGUGGACUAUUACGACAAGGAACUGGGGAUUGAUUUUACAAAUAAAAUGGCCCCCGACAACAUGAAGGAUAAGGGAAUUUUUGACAACUCCCUACUCGAAGACAUUGGCUUUCAGUUCAAAGAGUUCAAUUACAAAAGCUUCAUGAAGCUAUUGGAGAGUUUGCACGUCAUCAUACAGCUACCUGAAACACAGACAGAAACAUAUUUUCUUCCUUGUGUCCUUGCUAUAGCUAAUCCUUUUAAGUUAGACGAGCUAAAACAAAAAUUCUCUAUAACUACAGACCCUUUUGUGUUAAAGUGGAAGGAGAGGGUUAUCCCUCAGGGUCUCUAUUGUGCAUUGGUUCUUCGCUUACUCCAGGAGGAGGCAAUUGGCAGUGAAUGCUUCAUUGACGUCAAACAGCAAUUUAGAAAUGCCAUCACUCUCCCUUGCAAGUCAAAAUUUGGUGGCUCUCUUUUAUUAGUUGACGCUACUUCUCAUCUUGAGGUCUACUAUUUGGGCAAGGUUGAGAACUGCCCUGAUAUUCGUGAAAUCAUCUUCUUGCAGGUGAUUGAGGCUGCGAAAGCGUUUCAUUAUGACCUCAGUUCGUCUCGUCCUGAUAUCUGUUUCAUUGAUAGCAGUGAGGGGAUAGUACCACUUGCCCAUUGCCCUAUACGCAGCAAGGCAUGGUUAAAAAAGGACGAAAAUCCUGCUCCAAUUACUGUUGAGGAUGAAGAAAUAAUACCAAGUGUUACUGAGGCUACUAGGUUUUUGGAUCAGCGCCAAUUUAAGUACAGCAGACAUUAUGAGAGUCUUGCACUUGCACUGGGUCUCACUGAUGAUGUUUUGGAUACUAUUUUAGAUGACAGUUCAUUCAGACGGACUGCAGAAUGCCUUGCAAUAUGGUUGAAGAACAAUCCAGGGAGUAAAUGGAAAACCCUGAAAGAGGCUGUCCAAAAUGUACUACUAGAAAACUAAAUAUUAUGAAUUGUUCAUUGAGCAUUACAUGUACAAAUUUAUGCUUACCCUUCUUUUAUUUUAAAAGUAAAUGUGAAUUACAUUACAUGUAUUUUAUAAAUUAAUGAAGGUAACUUUCUAACUAUAGUCAUGAGUUAUUUUAAAAUGAUACA